AUAUACUUCACAGAGCAUGCUAAGAUCAGGAGUAACGUGGGUCCGUGAGUUCGGUAUGUAGCAGAUCGUCGCAGAGUGUGCAAUUUGCAGAGCUCGAGCCCAUAGGAAGCGCAUUUUUUUGACGGAAGGAGAUCUCUUCAAGUCAACCUUCUACUUCCUGUGCAUGCAUGGAUUCAACAGAGGGCGUGCUUGUAAAGGUGGCAGAGGCCCACUCAUUUAUUGAAAGAUGUAUGGUUGCCAGGGGAACAAACCCCACCCACGCUUCUCUGCUGGCUGAGCUAUUGGUAUCAGCUGACAGUAGAGGGCACUUUAGUCAUGGGCUGAAUCGUAUCGAUGUAUACCUUGAGAACGUUGAACAUGGCGUGACCGCAGGAGACGGUGAACCGGUCAUCAUAAAAGAGAUGGCAGGAACAGCCUGGGUGGAUGGGAGGAACCUACUUGGUCCUGUCGUGGGGCAGUUCUGUACGGACUUGGUCAUCGAGAAGGCGAAACAGGCUGGUAUAGGAUGGGUUGUAGCAAAAGGUUCUAACCAUUACGGAAUAGCAGGUUGGUACUCCAUGAGGAUUAAAGAUACGGGUAUGAUCGGACUAAGCUUCACCAACACAUCUCCCUGUGUCUAUCCUACCAGAUCUAAACAAAUCAUCACUGGCACAAAUCCCAUUGCUUGCAGCGCACCUGCUAAUAACGGGGAUAGUUUUGACUUAGAUAUGGCUACGACUACAGUGGCAUAUGGUAAGGUUGAAAUAUGUCAUCUCAAAGGACAAACUUUACCCAGUGGAUGGGGCAGUAAUUCAGAUGGAAAGGAGACGAGUGAUCCAAAAGAAGUACUUAACGGCGGGGGCCUACAACCCCUUGGUGGAGGGGAGACUACAGGUGGAUACAAAGGAACCGGUCUGGCUCUGAUGGUGGAGGUGAUAACUGGUAUACUGGGCGGGGCACACUUUGGUACCAACAUCAGAAAAUGGAGCGCCGGUGAAAGAGAAGCUGACUUGGGUCAAUGUUUUGUGGCACUAAACCCAGAAGCCUUCGCCCCUGGAUUUUCAGAAAGGAUGACGUCAUUAAUAGCCAUGUGCAGAAAUGCCGAACCGGCAAAUGGGGAAACGGAAGUACUAGUUGCAGGAGAUCGUGCAAGACACCAUAUGGAGAAAGUUGCUCGAGAGGGGGGCAUCAAGUAUCAUCGGAAUCUAAUAACCAAAUUGGAUGUUCUUGCAGCCAGAUUGGAGGUGGAUCCAAUAAGACGCGAGACGACACGAUGAGAGCACUAGGAACAGAAGUGUUUUAUUCACCACCACCGCUACCAGUGCAUUAAUUCAAAAAGCGACAACAACCCUUUAUGAAUGUUGUUUUCGAUCAUCAUUUUGUAAAUAAAAGGACCCUAUCACGAGCAUUUCGCUUUUAAGAGUAACUCUAACCCGCAAUUUUAUAUUUUGAUAUUAUUACUGUUAAUUUACACGUUUGUUCAAAUUGGUUUAAAUGGAAAAUAAAUGAAAUUGAAUGGAA